AUGGCUGAGCAACCCUCGUCCGGAACUGAAGAGAACAAGGCAGCAUAUGGAAUCGGGGGAACUCUUAGGGAGUUUACACAACUAAGCUCCUCGGGAGAGGCUGCACGGAAGAAAAGAGACGACAAUCAAAAGGAAAGAGUACUAGGUGCCUUGGGUGCUGCAAUCCAGCAAGGCGUUUCGAAAGGAGCAGGGAAUGGCGAGCAAGACAAUUCCGAGAAGAAAUAA